AUGUUACAUGCCGAAGGAAAAAUGACAAAAAUUAUGGCGCAAAAUCAGAUGAUGCAUGGUCACACCGGAGGCGAAUACUUGCCAUCGACAUCUGCUCAAUUUCCAUCUUCGUUUGACGGUUUUGACGACGACGAGGUAUCCGAUUCAGAUGACGUUGACAGCCCACAGCCUACCGCGGACGGUCGGAAGCGAACUUCGUUGGAUCGGCUGUCACGCAUAGUGGCAAACAUUGCGGGAGAGGAAGGGGCCGUGGUGGCCGCAGCUCAAGAACCGCUCGUAAAUGAACAACAACAGCCACAACAAUCACAGCCAUCACAGCAACAAAGUGACGCUACACCGGAGCCAGAGAAGAAACUCGCCGUACUGCUAUGA